UUUCACGGCCUUUUAUAAACUUGCGCAAUUGCGAAAUAAGUGAAUGUUUUGCAUACUUUUAACGUGUUUUAUCAGAAGCGAUACAAAAUGAUUGUGAUUUGGAUGUACGCGUCUGCCUUGUUCCAGCUGACAUACUGCUCGGGUCAGUUCCGGUACGCAGUGCGGAAUGGUGUGUACGCCCCUACGUUCAACUACGAACAGGACAUGGACCUCGUGGGCAACAACACUCUCGUCUACUACAUGAACAAGGCGUGUGACAUAUAUCCAGACACGUUCACCAAUUAUGUUGCCAAGUAUUUCCCGGGGCUUGGCUACUCCAUCGAGUCCAUUAAUGGACAGACGGGCGACUGGCAGCGGGACAAGACCUACUGGCAGAUCAGGAAUGACUCGGGACCCUUGCCACUCGGUGUGAGCAGUUACGUACCGUCAAAUGGGGAGAGAAUACUUUUCAACUUGACCGUGUUCGAGCCAUUUCCGUCCCACCAAACGUUUACCUAUACCGUCAACAACGGCAUCAAGGCCCCAUACUUUACCCACACAGUAGACCUGUUUAUCAUUGACGAUAAACCACUUGUGUAUUACAUGAGUACUGCGUGUCAGAAAUAUCCGGACAUAUUUACAACCUAUUCGGCUACGUACUUUCCGUCAUUCGGCUACUUCAUUGACGCAAUAAACGGCGUGGCCGCCGACUGGGAUGCUGACAAGUCAUACUGGAGAAUAUUGAACUUCAGUCAACCACUUUCCGUCGGUGUAAGUUCAUAUGUGCCAAGAGCAGGCGAUGAAAUCAUAUUCAACCUUACCGUUUAUGAGGAACAGCAAAGUACUGAGCACGACGCACCGACGGAAGCGCCUACCAAUAUGAGCUCGGCUCCUACCUAUAUAAGCUCUGGUGCUACCCUCACGAGAUCCAGUGCGUCGGUCAUUACUACGACAAGCACACCAGCAACGACCACGACUACAACAUCUGUUACAGGCCCGAAGUUUCGGUACACAGUACUCAAUAUGAUGGUGAAACCCUACUUCUCACAUUCCGUCCACCUGAGGAUUGAAGACAAACAGCCGCUGAUUUACUACAUGGAGAAGGCAUGCGACAAAUACCAGAAGAAAUUCAGAAAAUUCACAGUCUCAUUCUUGCAAUCGUUCAGUGGAUAUUUCGUCGAUGCCAUCAAUGAUGUUUUUGGAAAUUGGUACGAGAAUGAAACUUUCUGGCUCAUUCUGAACGAGACGGGCCCAGUCGCCUUAGGUGUAAGCAGUUACAUUCCCACUCCUGGUGAUGAUAUCACCUUUCGAUUUGUACACGGAAACGACUAUUUACCAAACCAUAACAAAACCUCUCAGCCUCCAAAUACUUGCAACUGCUCGUGCAACGUUCCCAUAGGCGGCCAGCCAUUGACAAAGCAACCUUCGUUUGUUACCCUUUUAUUGGCGACCAUGGCGGGCUUGUCUGCCAGACUGAGAUAGAACUUAUAAGGACUGAUUGAUACUGUGCGAUGACAUAUUUCGGGUCAGACAAUUUCAUGCUUGAGGACAUUGAUUCAGUAAAACAAAACCAUUUGAAAGGAGAGAAAGAUGAAGCCAUUUUAUAUACGAGAGCCUUUAUAAGUUACAUAACUCCAGCAAAAUUUAAGAGACAUUGAAGUUUAUAUCUUAGUCAGAAGUACUAUUUCAUAACACAAAUGCUAUCGCUAGAUGCACAACACUUUGUUUGUCUAAAUGCCAUGUAAUUAACUAAAUGAUUAAUCAUUGUGAUCCAAUAUUUUUAGUUUUUAAUUAUACAUUGUUUCUGCAGCCCUGUUACGCCGUAUUUGUAUUUUGGUAGCGACAGGAUACACUGGAGUCGUACAAAUGACAAGUUCGGGAUCGUGGAAUGCAUCGUAUUCCGGUAGUUUCGAAGACAUCAUCAUCAUCAUCAUCAUCAUCAUGCUGCUACUACCACUACUUCUACUGCUGCUGCUGCCGCUGCUGCUGCUGCUGAUGAUGAUGAAAUACCAUCGAGGGUGUUAAAAUAUGUGAUAGUCACUACACACGAUUCGUUGCUUCCAAAAUACGGCAUCACACAGCACAAACAACAUCACUUUUACCAGUCCUACCUAUAAAUAUUUUGCCUUGUUUUUUGAAGUUCCAUUUUCAAAACAUAUAGUGAGUACGUCAUCGUAUUCUGUAAGAUAAAACAUUUUGUAUUUGA